AUGUGGCACACAGACUUUGUACCGUCGUCUUUGUGGCCGUACAGGCUGACCAUCGAAAUCUGCGGGCACCCCAUUUCUAUAGAGCUGCACACAGGGGCCAGCGUGUCAGCACUGGCCUGGAAACUCUUCAAGCGUACUUUCCCCGGCAUGUCCGUCGAGCCUUCGGGCGUGAUGCUGCGCGCCUACUCCGGGCAGCUCUCCCAGGUCCAGGAUCAGGCACAGGUCAGCGUUCGCUUUGGCGACAGGGAGGCAACCCUUCCCCUCUACUUAACCAAGGGUUCAUCGCCGAUGCUGCUGGGCCGAAACUGGAUUCAUGCAUUGGAAGUUCGUCUGCCAGAGUACCAGGAAGCCAGCCUGCAUGUAAUGAAAGACGUCCCCAGCCUCCUGACCAAGUUCAAGUCCCUGUUCCAGCAAGGGGCCGGCAUAUUCGUCGGCACGACAGCUGGCAUCUAUUUACCUGAGGAAGUCCGGCCACGUUUUUUCAAGCCUCGCCCACUGCUGUUCGCCCUGAAGGACGGCGUCACCCAGGAGCUGCGACGAUUACAGCAAGAGGGCAUCCUGGUGCCUGUCAAGACGUCUGAAUGCGCCGCUUCCUUCGUACCAGUCCUCAAGCGAGACGGCUGUGUCAGGAUCUGGGGGGAUUUCAAGGUUACCACGAACCCCGUCGCUACUGUCGAGAAGUACCCGUUGCCCCAGAUUGAAGAUCUCCGGUCAGCGUUGUCCGGUGGACAGAAGUUUCCCACGCUCGACCUCAGAGAUUCUUACCAGCAGUUGGUGCUCCACGAUGCCCCCCGGAAGUAUGUCACAAUAUCGACAACUUUGGGUCUCUUCCAGUACACGCCCUUACACUUUGGUGUGGCCUCAGCCCGAGCCAUAUUUCAGAGCGAGAUAGAUAACCUCUUCAGGGGCAUGAGGCACGUGGCGGUGCACUUGGAUGACAUCCUGGUUACUCGCAGCGAUGACAGCGAUGACAGCGAGCACCUGCAGAACCUGCACAACGUCCUGGCCCGACUGCAGGACGCCGGCCACAAGCUCAAGCUGGCUGGCCUAGCCCCGGCUCCCCGGAAAGUUGAUGCUGUGCUCAAGGCGCCUAAGACCCAGAACAAGAAGGUGCUUCAGAGCUACCUCGACUUCAUGAACUUCUACAGGGGUUUCCUGCCAAACCUGUCGGAGCAUCUACAGCCGCUCCAUCUUCUGCUUCGAGAUGAUGCGUCACCGUACGGCGUGGGAGCCAUCCUGGCGCACCGGGACAAGAACGGCCAGGGACGUCUUUUGCUUCUCGCCGGCUUCAUGCUGAGGAGCAACCCUAUAUAUCUGUGGUUCCGGAAGUUCGAGGCGGUCACGUACCACAACACGCUAUUGGGGCUGCUGGUGCUUGACAAUACAGUUCCUCUGCAGGCAUCACCUCGAGUGGAAAGGGACCUGGGACCUGCUGAUGCCCUGAGCCACCUGCCCUUGCCAGAGGUGCCUGAUGCUAUUUCAGAACCUGCUGAAGUGUUCAUUCUGGAGCACACGUAUCCGGAGGCGCUGUCCAUAUCUGUGGUGUCACAAGCGGCCAGCCGGGACCCAGCCCUGUCUCAGGUGGUCAAGGUGGUGUCCUAUGGAGAGGAAUUGGUUCAGCAGGCCGAUAGCUACAAGGCAGCUGAGCUGAGCUUGCAGCAGGGUUCCGUACUGCAGGGUUCCAGGGUGGUGAUCCCACGAAGUCUCCGGUCCAGGGUCCAGCUGUUGCUGCACAUGGGUCAUCCUGGAGUGAAAAAGACCAAGAUGGUGGCCCGGUCCCAUGGCAAUUACUUCCUGGUGGUGGUGGACGCCUUUUCGAAGUGGGUGGAGGUUCUACCUGUCACUACUCCAUCAGCAGGCCCGACCAUUGUAGCACUGCGACAGGUCUUCGCUGCCCAGGGGUUGCCUGACGCCAUCGUGUGCGACAAUGGUCCUGCUUUCGCCAGCACAGAGUAG